AUAAAAAAAAUAUUCUCAUAAAAUAAUCACACUCAAAGAUUGUGAUGUGGAACAAAAGAAACAACGAACUAGUAUUGUUACAAGUUGAAUACAAUCUUGCAUGAGUCCGAGAGAAUUGGAUCUAAAACAUCACUGAAAUGUUAUAUGAUAUGAACUUUAGCCAAAAUGAUUGCGCGCCGUUUCAAGUGCAUGAGCGCUAGUAAGUCGUCUCCAAGCAAAACUUAGUGCUACAAAAGGACUCUCCCUUUGAACCUAACAGCCACCACCACCCUCUUGCUAUCACAAUACGAAACACAUGUUCUUCCUCUCUUGCAGAAAAAUCAUGAUCACUAUCCUACUUUUCUUGCUUUCUUUUGGAUUCAGCAAUGGUGCCAAUGUGAGAUCCUCAGAAGGGAGGAUAGGGCAGUGGCAACUGCUCCUUAACAAUACUGGCGUGGUUGGCAUGCAUAUGGCUUUAACCUACAAAAACACAGUCAUAAUGUUUGACCAAACUGGAGCAGGCAAAUCCAGUUACCAACUUCGCAGACGGUUCAAUGGAAGCAGGUGCACCACAAGCAACCACGAUUUGAUGGAUUCCACAUGCUAUGCUCAUUCUGUGGAGUAUGAUAUCAGUACCAACAAAGUGAGACCUCUGAGGCUUGACACUGAUCCUUGGUGCUCCUCAGGUUCAUUCCUAAGUAAUGGUACACUCUUACAAACCGGUGGAUAUGAAAGAGGUGCCAAAAGGAUCAGACUCUAUAGGCCAUGUGGGAAUCACCAAUGUGACUGGAUACAAUCAAAGAAAUCACUAUCUGAUGAGAGGUGGUAUGCUUCGAGUCAGAUACUACCAGAACAUGAUAGAGUGGUGGUUGUUGGAGGAAGAAGAGUUUUCACAUAUGAAUUUGUACCAAAAACUAGUCCCGGAGAAAAAUCCUUUGAGCUUCCAUUCUUGCACCAUACCAAUGACAGAAAUGCAGGAGGGAACAACCUCUAUCCCUUCCUUCACCUCUCAUCAGAUGGAAACUUGUUCGUCUUCGCCAACCGUGAUUCCAUCCUACUCAACUUGAGAAGGAACAAAGUGAUCAAGACCUUCCCUAGAAUUCCAGGACAAGGGUCAAGAAACUACCCUAGCUCAGGCUCAUCCGUGUUACUCCCAUUGGACCAUAGAGACAACUUCACAAAGGCUGAAGUCAUGGUGUGUGGAGGUUCAUCCACAGGAGCACUUAAAGCUGCUGGUGGGGGAAGAUUCUUGCAAGGCUUAAGAUCAUGUGGUAGGAUGGUGAUCUCAGGGAACAAACACAAGUGGGAUAUGGACUACAUGCCCCAACCACGUCUCCUACAUGACAUGCUGAUUCUCCCUAAUGGUAAAAUCUUGAUCAUAAAUGGGGCUAAACAAGGGUGUGCAGGAUAUGACAAUGCUAGAAACGCUUCUCUUGAGCCUUAUCUUUAUAGCCCUAAAAAAAAACUAGGAAAAAGGUUCACAGUCCUCAAGUCAACCAAGAUAGCUAGAAUGUAUCACUCAUCAGCAACUCUUCUUCCUGAUGGGAGGGUCUUGGUUGCAGGUGGUAACCCUCAUGGGAGGUACACUUUUAACAAUGUGGCAUACCCAACUGAACUUAGACUUCAAGCAUUUGUUCCAUACUAUAUGGAAAGGAGGUACCAUAACUUGAGGCCUAGUAACUUGACCAUAGAAUAUGGACAUGGUGGUGAGAGCCAUGCAAUUGGGUAUGGGAAUGAGUUUAGAGUUAGGUUCUGGCUGGGGAAGGGGCCAAGCAAUGAGGUGGGGUUCAGUGCCUAUGCACCACCGUUUACCACACAUUCCUUUGCGAUGAAUCAGAGGAUGCUGAAGCUGAGGUGCAAGAGCUUGGGGAGAAGUGGUGAUGGGUGGGUUGUUGCAGUCUUAGAAGCCCCACCAUCACCCCAUGUUGCACCUUCUGGUUAUUACUUGCUCACGGUUGUGAAUGGUGCAAUUCCAAGCGUGUCUCUUUGGGUUCAGUUUGCACACGCCUUGGCUUAAUGUCUUUGUUCAAUACUUCAGUUCCAGUGUACUGAUUAAGGAAGAAAUUUUCUUAUAACGAAUUAAAAGCUUUUAGAUCACAAUUGUAUGCCUACAAAAUAAUUUGACGAGGAGUAUAUACACAGAGUGGGGUAUGUUGCAGACUCGUAGUUUCUUUUUUAACACAUCACCAUUAUUUGAUAAGGCUAUACAAGAGAUCUCUACUUGAAUGAGACUAAUGUAGAAUGAAAGUUUAUUUUUUAUUUUUCGUCUA